AUGACACCCGGCCUGCCUGGCCCCUGGUGGAACUGCUGGGGGACUCUGAGGAUCCUCCCUGAAGGGGUCGGCCUUGGGGGACAGGCCGUGCCACUGACCAUGGUGGGUCUCACUGGGGAGGGGCGGGGAGGCAAGCAGGCUCCCCUCCAGCCCCGGAACACAGUCAGUCCUGGGGGGACGCAGAGCCUUCUGGGAAGCUGGGGCAAUUGCUGGCCAGGACCCUGGGGUUCCGCUCCUGUGCUGAUGGUCUUCCCAGGCCUCCCUGUGGUGUCCCCACCACUUUGGGCCUUGGUGGGGGCGGACGCUGACCUGGUGCAUGGUCUCAGACCCGAUGGUGACCCCAUGUAA